ACGGUACCCUUUGUCUGCGAGUCCGACUCAUAAAAUUAUUGUUAGAAUCCGAAGUGUGAGUUGCGCCUCGAUUUAACUUUAAUAAUAAAGAAAAGAUAAGCCUUUACUUCGGAUUAUUAGGAGGUAUGAAAAAAAUUAUGAAGCCGUCUGGUGGUACGUAAACUAAUGCCUUGAUUACACGUACCUACCCAGCAAACGAACGAGACAGUGCUCUCGAACGAAUACUCGGUACGUAUAAACUUAGUGUUCGGCUGAGCGCUCGUUUGCAUCACUCUCUCGACACUCAUUUUACUGUCUCGGCCGUUUAUUCGUAGUCAGUCCUCUCUGUAAUUUGUGAGUCAGUCGGGAAGCGCGUAAGCACACGCGCACGCGCUCUCGCUCGCGGCUACGAUUCGAAAUUCGAACGAGCUUUUACGCGGGAAAAUAAAGCUGUGAUCGUGGGGCGAAAUUUAAAUAAAACGUGUUAAAAACGUUAGUAUUUACAAGAAAAACGGGAUUUAUCGUAACAUUAUGUCGAGAAAGGCCAGAGGAGUGUGCGCAUUUGCGUUACUCGCUAUGGCGAUGGUUUCCUAUGCACUCACCAUGGAUGAAGACGCGACAAACAACGUAAUCGAUGCAGCGACAUCAGCCAGAGACGGCGGUGAAGUGGCAGUUAUUGUCAGAGGUCCACACGGAAGAAACAUCAAAAGGGAGGAGCUCCUUCAUGCAUCAGGGGCCGAAGAUAGCUCCAUCUCACUCUAUUACUACAGGAAAACCAAUAAGGUUUCCCUGGAGAGUCUCAACGGUGGUAGUUUAAAGUCCGUGUCAUGGGGUCUGGGUUCGCACGCCAAGACCACAUUGCUUCUCGUGGUGUCCGCUGAAAAAGUCAAGUUAUUCGUCGGCUGUCACGCUCUGCACUCACAUGCCAUGCCGAGCAACCAUGACGUGCUCGAAGUGCUGAGCAGUAAACAGAUGAAACUUUAUCACGAGGAGAAUGCACCCGUAGAAGUGUUCCGUGACGAGCAAUCCGCAUUGAACUCUCUAAGCUGUAACCCUGAAAUAAAGCCUCCAACGGUUCUGAUCGAUGAGUCAGACGUGGAAGAAGUAAAAGAAUUCUUACAGAAGGAUGCUCGAAGGAAGAGGGAAGAGAUGCAAGGAGACGAUUACAGGGUCAACUAUAUAGAUUCCGAUGUAGAUCCAGCACUGCCGACGCCGCCUCCGCGGGGAGACAUACCGUCGUCGGUUAUAGAAACUUGUGACGAUGGAGUGAUUCGCCACCUGCAGACACUGACUUUACGCAUCGAGCAGCUACACCGAGUAGUGGCCGACCAGCGGGCCACAAUAGAGGCAUUACGCGGCCAACUGCGACAGUGCUGCGUGCGACCGCAACCGGAGCGCUGCACCGCCACCACCUGCUACCAGGGCGUGGAGUGUAGGGACACAGCGUCGGGACCCGAAUGCGGCGCCUGCCCGACCGGCACGCUGGGCGACGGCAGGCGGUGCCAACCUGUGCCAUGUAGUCGGAAACCUUGCGCCAGAGGCGAAUACUGCACUGACACCGACCGAGGGUACCGCUGUGACCGCUGUCCCAACGGACAGAGCAGUGACGGGGAGCGAUGCACCUCCGCCUGCAGCGCUCACCCUUGCUUCGGAGGACGUGUGACAUGUCAAGAUUUGCCCGGCGGCGGUUAUCAGUGCGGCGCGUGCCCCCCAGGCUACUCCGGCAACGGCGAGCAGUGCUACAAGAUCACCUGCAGCCAAAUAUCGUGUUAUCAAGGCGUGGAAUGUCACGAGACCGCUUCCGGCCCCCGCUGCGGGUCUUGCCCACAAGGCUUCUCCGGGGACGGUGUCCGCUGCCAGCACGUAUGCGACUCCCAUCGGCCGUGCAAUAACCAGCCUUGUAAACAAAAAUCCACCAGCCCCUUCUACGAGUGCGAGGGCUGCCCGAGGGGAUACGAGUGGAAUGGUUACGGCUGCGUGGAUAUAGACGAAUGCGAUCUGAUCAGACCUUGCGACGAUAUGGUGUCCUGUCGUAACGAAGACGGCGGUUUCACUUGCGGAGCUUGCCCUCCUGGUUACGAAGGCGGCCAAGGAUGGCGCGGGUCAGGCCAGGAGUAUCGAAAGGAGACUUGCGUGGAUGUCGACGAGUGUACUGAAGGCAGGGCCAACUGUCCUAGAGGAAGAUUGUGUGUUAACACUCCGGGUUCCUACAUCUGCGUGCCGUGCGGUGGCAAUUACUACGUGAAUACGACGCGACCGUGCUUUGAAUACGACGACGCCGAGUCGUUGAUACUCCGCUGCGACCCCAAUUACUGCAAGCGGUUCAACGCCGUCUGCGGCUACGGAUACAAGUGCGUCUGCGCGACGGGUUACGCCGGCAACGGCACAGUUUGCGGACGGGACAGCGAUCUCGACGGAUACCCGGAUCAUAAGCUGGCGUGUUCUGAGCCCCGGUGUAACGCUGACAACUGUCCCAUGGUGUCCAACUCUGGGCAAGAAGACGCAGAUGGAGACGGCCUGGGUGACUCCUGCGACCCUGACGCUGAUGGAGAUGGAAUCCCUAAUCAUCCGGAUAAUUGCCCCCUGAUCGCGAACGCUGACCAACUAGACAGGGAUGAGGAUCAGAGCGACAAACGAGGCGAUGUGUGCGACAACUGUCCGCGGCGAUACAACCCCGAACAACAGGACACCGACAGCGACGGCUUGGGCGACGCCUGCGACCCCGAUAUGGACAACGAUGGCAUCCGCAACGAAGACGACAACUGCCCGCGUGUAUACAACCCGCGACAAGAGGACGCCGACGGAGACCGCGUGGGCGACGUAUGCGACAACUGCCCGCACUAUCGGAACCCUUCGCAAGAAGACGCCGACCGCGACAACGUCGGCGACGCAUGCGACAGCGACGUCGACCGCGACCAAGAUGGAAUUCAAGACAGCCUAGACAACUGCCGUUACGUUCCGAACAGUGACCAGUUGGACGUAGAUAACGACGGCAAGGGUGAUGCGUGCGACGACGAUGACGACGGUGAUGGAAUCGUUGACAGUGAAGAUAACUGUCCGAUCGUAGCUAACCGAGAUCAGAGGGAUAGUAACCGUGACGGCGUAGGCGACGCUUGCGAUAACGACAACGACGGCGACAACGUCAUCAACGAGCUCGACAACUGCCCCAACAACUCCCAGAUACAUCGCACCGAUUUCACGAAAUACAUGACAGUACGGUUAGAUCCCGAGGGCGAGUCCCAGCAGGACCCCAACUGGGCGGUGAAUAACGAGGGCGCGGAGAUAUUGCAGACCCUCAACUCCGAUCCGGGGCUCGCAGUCGGCUUCGAGUCCUUUGGUGGCGUCGACUUCGAAGGCACGCUGUUCGUCGACACGCAGAUCGACGAUGACUACGUCGGGUUCAUAUUCGGUUACCAGAACAAUAAGCGGUUCUACGUGGUAAUGUGGAAGAAGAAUCCGCAGACUUACUGGCAGACGACACCGUUCCGAGCUGUCGCCGAGCCAGGAAUACAACUCAAGUUGGUCAACUCCAAGACAGGACCUGGAAAAACAUUAAGAAACGCCUUGUGGAACACCGACUCUACUCCAGAUCAGGUAACAUUAUUAUGGAAGGAUCCCAGAAACGUUGGAUGGCAUGAGAAGACCGCUUAUCGAUGGAGAUUACUGCACCGUCCUAAGAUCGGUCUCAUCCGCCUCAAAAUCUAUGAGAACACGCGCCUAGUAGCCGACUCUGGGAACGUUUACGAUGCCACUAUAAAGGGUGGUAGGCUCGGCGUCUUCUGCUUCUCCCAGGAGAUGAUCAUCUGGUCUAACCUUGUCUACCGUUGCAACGAUAAAAUUCCCUCAAAUAUAGUAUCGGAGUUAUCACCACGCCUUCUAAAAGAGAAGAAACCAGAAGUUGACCACGAAUUUUAUUACCAAUAGUUAGUAUUAAAUAUGUGCGAGAAUGUGAACUCGAUCCACUAAUUGAUGAUUCCCAAAACCAUAUUAAAAUAUGUUUAGACUUCCUCUACCUUCUGAUGGUUCGAAAAAUCUGUAAAAACCAUGUGACAAAGCGAAAAAUAUUUUUUCGCCUGCACAUAAAACGAAGAUUGUUAACGUAAUCUUAAGAAAACUAUUAAUUAAGUGAUUUUUUACAAAAGUAGCAUUAAAAACAUUCAUUUUUAUUUAUUUCGUUUACUUUUUGCCAUUUUUUAUCCAAACAAACCAACUUCAUUGAUAUAAGUAGACAUAAGAAAAUAUAUCAACAGAUGUAGUAGAUAAGUAAUAAUGAAUGUAGUGCCAUACAUCUUGAUAUGUUUCAUACAAUUUUAUGCAGUUUUACAAAUUAGGUAAUUAUUAUCGUGUAUGGUCGGGAAUGGGUACGAUUUUGUUAUUUGAUACUUGGUCCAAGUCAAGGUACCUAAUCUUAUGCAAGUACACGAAGUAUUAAAAUUCAGAUACAGUAAAACAAUUAACAACUUAUAACUUAGUAUAAGUACAGAUGAAUUCAGAGGUAAACGCCGUAAGGCCGUAUACAGAAAGGAAGCUAGUAGCCUACCUGCACUUAUAGGAACCGGCUCGCGCAGGUAGCCGGUGCAGGCAUUUCUAUGACCAGCGCCGAUAAGCGCCGAAAUUCGCCGACAAGUUCCGACAAUCUUCGACAUGCGCUGGUCAGCCCUGUCACCACUCUUUGAAAUUAAUAAACGCUUCAAUCUGCUUCCUAUAUGUAACUGUUACCAGUAGUAGUAGAAAGAAAGCUGGAAACCGUAUACACGUAGAAAGCUGGCUACCGGUAUCGAUCUACCAGGUCUUAUGAGAACCGGUCCGCGUAGGUAGUCGGCGUAGGCAGUUUCUAUACUUUGUGCCGUACCAGCGCGGAUAAGCGCCGAACGUCGCCGACAAGUUCCGACUUGCUCCGAUAAGCACUGGUAGAUUUUUUCUGGGAGGACAGGUUGUUGAUGCCAAUUAAGUACACAAUUUUUAUCGAUAAGUUCUACUUUAUUCAGAAUAUUAUUAUAGUUAUGUUUUGGAGUCACUCUUAUAUGUUUAUAUAAUCUUUGUUCGUCUACUUUCGUUUCUUGGAAUAAAUGACAAUAUUUUCCGAAUUUUUUUUUUAUUUAUUUAUGAACUGUAUCUAGGUGCACUUUGUUUUUGCAUUUUGAGAAACACAUUUUCUAACAGAAUUAUAUCUUCGUCUGAUGAUCACGACAUUUUGCACGUCAGAGAGACUGCCAGACAGCUUCUGCUUCUACUCGACUCCUUUAUGUAGAGGUUAUCUGAACGGACCUGUACCGAUUUGGUACCGAUAGGCACUGGUAGAUCGACGCUGGUAUCCAAAUUUCUACCUGUAUACGGCCUUAAACGAAGAGCAUUAACAAAGAUGAAAGAAAACUAUGAAAAACUAUGACACUGACAUCAUUUUCAGAUUUUCGUCAUGCUAUUAUUGUCGAAUUUGUACAAUAAUAUUUACUUGACUUUUUAUUAUUUAUUUUAAAGACACAACCAGCAAAUAUAUAAUACACUGUUUCACAAGCCGAUGAGUUUCAAUUGAAAUAAACAUGGACAAGUUACAAACUGAUGCCAGGGUCAAUGACACUGCAGAAUCGCCUAUACAGGAAAGUGCCUCUUCAAACGGUAACGUUCAACAGAACAUUCUGGGCAUCCUCGGUAUUCCCACGUCAUCUAACAGCAAACAAGAAAUAGAUGAGCCUGAAACUAAUCUUCUUAACAAAGGGGACAUAGCAAUGCAGAGAAUUCCAAAAGAUGGUAACCCACAGGCAACAACAAGUGCAGUUGGUGUGCAAGGACGUAAGCCACGAGUGCGUUCCAUACCAGUAUUGCGGCAAAUUUUGCCUCGAAAAUCUAAAGACAAAGCGAAACAAUUUCUGAAAGUGGUCGCAAAGGGUAUCAUUAUACCCAGGGGGGUGAUUGUAGAGCAAAGGAGGAGACGGAGGCCAGUCCGAAGGCCUCUAUCGCCGAGAAUACAAGUAAAGAAAAGAAGGGUAUCUAAAAAGUCUGUACAGACUGUAUGGACGAGACAACGGAAGUACAACUCUUCUGAUUCGUUGCACGGCAACGGAUGUUCGGUCUGCGGUCCUUGCAGUUGCAGUGAACUCUACUACUGACUAUAUAGGUUGACGAGCUGGUUUUGUUAGUAAAUUUUACAUGUAUUUUCGGUUAAUUUUUAAUAAUACCUUGUUUUAAUUUUUAUUAAACUUUUUAUUUUACUUUUUUCCCAAUGUAAGUUUCUUUGACUGCAUGAAGGUUCUCAUUUUGUUGCGACAGCAUGAUUUCUUGACAUAAUCAUCAUCAGCCUAUUA